AUGGCGCCGACUAAAUCACUUGCCGAGUUGUGCAUUGCAAUGUGCCAGAGACACAUCACAGAACUCAGCAGCGUAGGGAAUGGCGACGCCCUCCAAUACCACCAUGUUCGCGACAUCCUCCUUAGGGUCAUAAACCCGGCUCAGCUCCGAGAGAUUGAGCUCAACUCCCCUUUCAUUCAAGGCGAAACCUCCGAACUCUGGCUGCGCCUUAUUAAGAAGGAAUUCCCGUCCGAAAGCCACGAAAAGAAUUACGCGCCUAAGAAUCCGUCAAAGUGGUACAAGAUAUAUGAGCGUUAUGCAGAAGAACGCCGCGAGGCUCAGCAGCAGGCCGAGGCCGAGCUUCUCGCCAGGGUCCAGGGUCUUCAGCAAAAAAAGGACAACAAUGUUAGCCGAAUUGUUGACCCCAAGUUCGCCAGGUUUUUGCCUAAACCGCCCAAGACGGGUCGCACCUUUUCGACACUGCCUCGAGGCAAGAAGGAACUCCCGAGUACACUGAGUUGGGCCGCUGGAAGCAGGAUGAAGACGACAACGGGUGCUAGCGUUAUGAAGAAAGCCCGCAGAGAGGCCAAGGAGAUUGUCGGCAUAAGGAGCACCAUGGCGGUCCCUACUGGCAUGAUCAGGGCCCCUCGACUGAACAAAGCUCCGCCCUCAAUGGCUGCUGAGCACCGGAUCUCGAGCCAACCCGUCUUUCGGCCUACGUCUACCAGCAGCCGCCCACCCACGCACUCUACAUAUGUUGCGCAGACUAAGGCCACAUAUGUGUCCGAUUCAUCAGAUGGCGAGGAGGGUGAUUUGUUUGGCAAUGAGGGAACGCCCAAGAAGGGCAAGGCCGCGAUGUAUUCCUCUCGCAACAACCGGGAUACGACAAUCUCCUCCAAAUCUGCAAACCCUUCCCAAUCGUCUGCAUUCAAGGAUCGCAGCUCUUCUACGUCCGCCAGAUAUAGUUCUGGCUUCAAGCAGUCUACCUCUUUUAGCUCACAGACGUCGGGCCCGCGUCGUGGUGGUGGUAUUCUCGGAAAUGCCCCUCGGCCCAAAAGCAACAUUCGAUUUGAACGCCCACCGUCCAGACCCGAGCCAUCCUCUACAAAUACGGAACCAUCUCGGACUCACAAAUUGCUUGCUCAGAAUAACGGUCCACAGUCCCCUCCUUUGCCAAUGUCCUUGGACGAAGUACAACCAGCUCGACCAGUUUUGGGCAAUCAGGAACUGCCCAGGAAGAGAAAGGCUGUCGACAUCUUUAUGCCCAAAAAGAAGACGAGACGCUGA